AUGUCUGACGAAGUUAUUUGGCAGGUGAUUAAUCACCAGUUCUGUGCUUUCAAGAUCAAGACAGACAAGAAGCAAAACUUCUGUCGAAAUGAAUACAACGUGUCCGGGUUGUGCAAUCGGCAGUCCUGCCCACUUGCUAAUGCCCGAUAUGCUACUGUGAAAAACGUGGGAGGCAGACUUUAUCUCUACAUGAAGACAGCUGAGCGUGCACACAUGCCACUGAAGCUAUGGGAACGAGUGAAGCUUUCCAAAAACUAUAACAAAGCCCUUGAGCAGAUCGACGAAAACUUGCAAUAUUGGCAAAAGUUUUUGAUUCAUAAAUGCAAGCAAAGAUUGACCCGGUUGACCCAGGUCGCCAUUACCGAACGACGUAUGGCGUUAGAAGAGCAUGAAAGAACUCUUGUGCACACUGCUCCCAAGGUUAGACGGCGUGAAGAGAACCGUGAACGGAAAGCUCUUGCGGCGGCUAAAAUCGAGAAAGCCAUUGAAAAGGAAUUAUUGGAGAGAUUGAAGCUGGGCGCAUAUGGGGACAAACCUCUCAACGUUGAUGAAAACAUUUGGAAGAAGGUGAUGGGCAAGAUGGAGGAAGUGGACGAGGAAGAAGAAUUCGACCAUGACGAUGAUGCCGAACUUGUCAGUGACGACGAACUGGACGUGGGCGAAGUAGAGUAUGUUGAGGACUCUGACGAAGAUGAUAUGAUUGACGUGGAAGAUCUCGAGAAGUGGCUCGACAACGAGGCGUCUUCUGAAUCUGAGGCAGAAGACUCUGAUGGUGAGAAGGAAGAGAAACCUAAGAAGAAGCGUGCCAGAGUGGAAAUAGAAUACGAACAGGAACAAGAACCUGAUACCAUGUUGACAAACAUCGCUAAUUAG